AUGAAUAGUAGCGAACAACUAAGUGUAAUCAAACUACGACAAUGGAAAGACAUAGUGGAAGACAAACAAAUUCUAGAAAAACUCCAAAAUGAAAUCUUUCCAAAUUAUAUGAUGAAAAUGCGUUGGUUUGGAGGAAAAGGACGUGGUUUGAAGAGCAUCCAGAUGAUUGAUUAUGCCAUAAUACACUGCACUGCAUUAGACGAUGGUUACCUUCUGCUAUUAGAAGUAUCCUUUGAUGAUAACACUCUUGAUAUUUAUCAUUUACCAAUUGCAUUCAGUCAAAUGGGGGUUUGUUCUGAACUACGAAAGAAUUGUUCUCAAUCGAUCAUAUCUUUAAUAAACAUUGAUAAUGAAGAAGGAUUCUUGUACGAUGCUCUAUAUGAUCAUCGAUCGCAACAAGCUUUGAUUACCAAUCUGGCCAAUAAUUGUCGAAUAAAACAAAAGAACGGUGAACUAGUCUUUAUCAGUACUCCAGAUUUAAAAAGCUACGUUCUCAAACAAUUAAAUUCGAGAUCAAAAACAUCAAUGAUCGAAGAAAGCAAUACUUCGAUUAUUUAUGAUAAACAUUUCUUUCUCAAAAUCUACCGCAAAGUUGGUCGUGAUAUUAAUUCGGAUGUCGAAAUGAACCAGUUUUUAAAUGAAGAGACAACCUUCAGACAUAUUCCGAGAUAUAUUGGUAGUAUUCAAUAUAAGUUUGACAAAGAAACAGUAGUAUUAGGGAUGAUACAAGAAUAUAUUCCAAGUAUUAGUGAUGGAUGGGUUUAUAUCUUAGGACAACUCAAUGAUUUUAGUAGAAAUGUUCUUUCGCUUGAAGACAUCGCUUCAGUGAACAUAGAAUUAAAAGGUAGUUUAAUUAAUCCUCUUGUUUAUGAAGAAAUAUCAGAAGAUUUAAAAAAACUAUUCGAUAAAAGUACAUCGGAAUUAAUCAAUUUAUUAGGUCAUCGUACUGGUCAAAUGCAUCAUGCAUUAUCAUCAAACAAUCAACUUUCCUCUUUUAACCCUGAAGAAUAUUCUCCAGAUUAUCAGCAUUCUUUAUUUACUUCCAUUGAAUCUCUGAUUGAAACAGUUUUCCAAACUUUACAAAAAAAUCUGAGAAAAAUCCCGCAGAAUAUUCACGAAGAAGUUAAAGAAAUGUUGUCGAUGAAAAGUGAACUAAUGACUAUGUUGAAAAGAAUCUCCAGUCGAGAAAUAAAUGUAACUAAAAUUCGUAUUCAUGGUGAUUACCAUUUAGCGCAAAUCUUGUUUACUGGAAAUGAUUUUCUAAUUGUGGAUUUUGAAGGUGAACCAACCGCUCAUUUUAAUCAAAGACGAUUGAAAUAUUCUCCUUUAAAAGAUGUAGCUUCAAUGAUUCGUUCAUUUCACUAUGCGGCUUAUUGGAGUUUAUUUUCAAAUACUCAGCGAAGAUCGGAAGAUAUUAACACAUUAAUACCAUUUAUUGAAAUAUGGUUUCACUAUAUCAGCGCUUUUUUCAUCAAAUCCUAUCUUGACACGACUAGUGGUGCACCUUUUAUUCCAAAUAAUAAUCAAGAUAUUCAAAUUUUAUUGGAAACUUUUUUAUUAGAAAAAGCGAUCUCGGAACUAAAUUAUGAACUAAAUUAUCGUUUAGAUUGGAUUCUAAUACCUCUCAGAGGUAUUAAAUCGGUUAUUAACAAAAACAAAUUUGGUUAA